GGAUACAGGAAAUUAGUUUUAAAAGUAUAUUGAGUAGAAUGCCAUUAGAUACUAUUUUUUAAGAGCAACGGAGCUGGCAGGUAGGAAUUCGUUUCUCCCGGUGGCUAAUCGGGUGUGGUCUCCAGUACAGUAGGUGGAGGUAAUGCACCAUAACGUUGGAUGCCAACCGCCGAUAAACCCCACCGAAUAAGAAGUAACUGUUUUAACCACACAGCAUCCGCGUAGAUGACAGAAACCUUGUAGACGGGUCGUGGCCAAUAAAUGCUUUUUGAAGGCGACAUGACAUGCGCAUUAUACGCUGUUGAUGACAUUGCUAGCUGGUUCGACUGAACUUUGGAACUGCCAACUGGAUUGCUAAAAUACAUAAAAUAUUGUCUCCUUCGUUAGACACGACCAUGCUACAGUUCCUGGCUGGGUUUACCUUGGGAAACGUUGUUGGGAUGUACCUCGCUCAAAACUACGAGGUCCCCAACAUUUCCAAAAAGAUAGAAGCCUUCAAGAAGGAUGUGGCAGCAAAGAAGAAACCUCCAGCAGAUUAAAGAAGAGACUGUUUCUUUCUAUCCAUGUUGUUGAUCAGAGGCAGAUUGAAGAGAUGGGGACUAUUGGAACAACAAAAUGCACACCGCAAAGGACAUAUCUUUUUUCAUCUAAUUUAAUCUUUGCUAUUAAAAGCAAUGUGCACUAAGGUUACACUGGCAGAGGAAUAAAUUGUAAAAAACGAUUCUCUAAUCAGGGUUUUUACAGUGCCUGGACUGGUCCAGUGUUAUUUUAAUUUUUUUGUAUUCUUAAAGCGCUUAGCUACAUUUUUAAGAUAAUAUUAAGAGGGUUCUAUUUAUGAGUGGAUAUGUGAAGAUGGCUAACUGCUGUGGGAUCUAAUACACUUCAGAAACCUUGGCCUUAUCCUCGCAAGCAGCUGGGUGGGGCACUGGCAAUUGCAUUUAUAUCAAGUCUAAACAUGGCAUUUUCACAAUAUUCUCUUGUCAUUUUUGCCAACUAAAUAGUGCAGUUACAGCUUUUGAGUGAUGUUAUAUUGAAUUGGGAGGCCUGUUCUAUGGAUUCUAUUUCUGUGGGUGUUAUGGUAUUGAGAAUGAGUCACUCAUGUAAAUUGCAUUGUUUGGCGAAGGUCGAGAGCCGUGCGUCCUCUGAAACACAACCCAACCAAGCCGCACUGCUUCUUGACACAACGCCGCUUAACCCGGAAGCCAGCCGCACCAAUGUGUUGGAGGAAGCACCGUACACUCCGCAACCGUGUCAGCGUGUAUUGCGGCCUGCCACAGGAGUCGCUAGUACGCGAUAGGACAGGAACAUCCCUGCCGGCCAAACCCUCCCAUAACCCGGACGACGCUGGGCCAAUUGUGCCCCGCCCAAUGGGUCACCCGGUCACGAACUAGGUUCUCUAGUGGCACAGCUAGCAGUGCCUUUGACCUCUGCGCCACUCGUGAGGCCCUAUUUUGUAGGAUAGUUAUUCUAACUUGCCAUGUUUAUGCUUAACCUCCAUUAUCGAGAGAAGCAUUCUUCACACGCGUCGCAGCAAUUUUUUUUUCUUGAGAGCAUCUGGGUAUGGCAUGCCAGCAGUGGUCAACAUAGGUCAAUGUUUUUGUUCCCCUCUUUUCUGUAAAUAACAACCAAUCCACCAGAGGUCACCAAAGUUAUAUUUUGAAUUUGACUAAAAACUACAUUAUAAUCUGUUAAACUGAAGUGUUAGAGAUUCUGCAAUGUAAAGGUCAUUUCCUAUUUAGCCAAAAUAAGCAGCGUUUAGCAUGAAUGCAGUCUCUGCUAAAUCGGGAACAGUGGAGACUGCUGAGGGCUCAUAAUGGCUGGAAUGGUGUAAAACCAUUCCAUUCCGGGCAAUUACUAUGAGCUGUCCUCCCCUCAGCAGCCUCCACUGAUCGGGAACAUUGCCUUUACAUUUAUAUCACGCUGUAAUGCUGGAUUUCCGCCAUGCGGAUUGAAUAGAGCCCGUACUAAACUAUGAUAAUGUUUGUUUUGGUCUUGGCAAGGUUUAUGGUAGAAUCACUUUUUGUUUUCUUGCUCUUCAUUCCUUCCAUUUUCUUUUUUGUUGACUCAGGCCAUCCAAAGCCUCGGAACUCCAGACAGUCAACUGCAUUGUGUGAAAUGUAGUAAACAUUCUGCAUGGAUGCUGGACUGAGAAUGUCCACUUCUGACUUGGUGGCUUUGGCACUGACUGAUCUCUUGGAUGACCUUCUACUCUCAGCCUUUUUGGCAGGCCUGCCACUAUGUGACCUUGACUUUCUGGAUUCUGUUGAUUUUCUUGAUUGUGUAGGCUGUGGACAAACCAUUUGAUAAUCAGUAUAGAUAACAUGGAAAGUUCAUGUGAAGCAGUACGUUUUAGUAAUGUAGGCUACUUGCUUUACACGGCACCCUUGACCAGUGAUCAAUGUACGCAACAACUGCAUCAAAUUUACUGUACCAUUAUGUGGACACAUUCCUCUCCUAUAUGAUUUGUGAGAUUGUUCAUUCUCUGCAAAUGUGUCAACGAAGAAACCUGGAAACAUCAGGGACCUCACACAAAUAGGUUACUUUUACUUUUUAAGUAAAUGAUGUAUGCCCACAUCCCAAACCUUACCAAGUUGCAUUUUUCUAUUAGGUCCUUGUGAACAAGUGAAAGCAAUUUUUUAUGUGAAAUGAAAUCACACAAGUAUUGAAAGAACCUAGAAUUGUAAUAGAAAUAGUUACGCUUACCAACCUUUCGGCGUAAAAGUCUAUCAGAGAGACGACAUCCCAUGUGUUUGUAUCCUGUUGUAGUAGAGCCUAUGCUUGUUCUUGACGUUUUGAAUAGGCAGCCGCUUUUACAAGGUUGUCCCCCACCUCUGUGCAGCUGGGCAUGACGUUAGUUGUUGUAUCACACGUCCUUUGUCUCCCACAAAUAAUUUGUUUUCAUCACCAUGGUAAUCUGCUUAUCUCCUGGCAUCAUGAAUAUUAAAUUACAAAAAGACCAUUCCUUAAUCACUAUCAAUAAAUAGACCUAUACCAAGGGGAGAACAAUUUUGCUUACCUUUUUAACUUUGGGAU